GUGACACGUAUUGAAGCGUUAAUGCAUUCAAUGCACUCAUACUGUAGUUAUGUUUCUAUAGUAUUGUUUUGAUUGUUGUUAUGUUUAUUAUAUGAUAUGAUAUGUCUUUCACUGAAUUACUUAUUAAAACUAUUUAUUAGUUUAUUAAUUGAUCGUUAGUUUUGUUAAUUAAUUAAAUAGUUUAGACAUAUAUAUAGAUAUAAAUACAAAGAGGUGUCAAGUGAUGGACAACGCGGACAUAAUAACAUUGUUUUAUGACUUUAGAGAUGUAUGUUAUGGACGGAUCCGACACAACAACUCAGAUGACAAUAUCGAGUCAAAGAUGGUGUUUAUGGAGACAACAAUUGAAGAGCUUUUUGAACAAAAUCUGUUGUUAAUCGAGACAAUCAUUGAAUUGCAAAAAGAGGCCAAAAAUAGAUGUCAAGAAAUGGAUAAAAGAUUGGCAUUGAGUGCAAACAAAACAGAAGAAGUGGUGUUGUCGCUCAACAAAUAUGAAAAGGAUAUUAAAUGGUUAGUCGACUCCAGACUCUCAGCCAUCGAGGCUUCAGAUGUUAUUGAAGAACUAAAUUCACACAUCUGUGCCAUCGAUAUUGAAAACAGUUAUCUUCGCGAACAAAACGACAAUCUUAAACAUGAUUUGAGUUCAUUGAUUGAGUUAAUGAAGAGACGUAUCGGUAAUCAACACAACGAUGAGAUAUCCGAUGAUACAAAUCAUAAGACAGAUUCAGAAAAAUGUCUUACUUUUUGUGAUGUUGAUCCCGAAGACAUAUUUGGACCAAUUGAGGCCAUAACAGCUUUCAACAGCAACGGUUGUUGUGUAGAUGAAAGCGUUCAGACAGUCAACGGUAUCACCGAAAAUGGUCGAAAUAGUGACCGAUCGCUAUCGCGAUGCAGUGAUAUAUCAAAUGCUAACAAAUUUUUAGUUGAAGAAAAAGAAUUAUUAAUACAUAAACUUCAGGAACAUUUGGAGACAAUAUCUCAUGAGUUAGAAUUAAAAGACGAAGUUAUCAACAAUUUGGAGAUUAAGUUAAAUACUACGAGAAAAGAGAACUCAGAUUUUAGACAUCGGUUGGAUGUCUUGAAUGAUAAGUACAACGAAUGUGAAUUCAGACUACAAGAAGCCGUCGAUAGGAUGUCGACAUUGAAUGAACAUAAGAGAUCUCUUAUGAUUCAAUUGGACGACGAAAGUGAACAGAGAAUUAAAUUCAAAGAUGAACUCAAAUCGCUUACCACAAGAUUGAUGGACAACAUGAAGACUGUUGAACAACAGUCGAUUACAAUUCAGCACUUGAGGGAAGCCAUUGUCUCAAAGUCCAAAUCAGAUGCCACACCACUCAAUGGGCAUAUCAUUUAGAUCUAGUCUUUAAACAAAUUUUUAACUAAAACUAUAAAUCACUGAACCAUCCAUUAUAUUGUGAUCAUUGAAUACAAAUCAAAAUAAUGCAUACAAAUUACAUAAAGUUAAGCGCAAUUAA